AUGACUUAUGGUGAGCAGGAGGUGACGGUGGACAUAUCUUUCAGCAAAGUGUUUGAAUGGAUGUUUGUACUGGUUGAUGUGCAUGAGCCUACUCUAGGUGCAGAUUUCAACCACCACCACAGACUGGGGUUACAGCUGAGCACAACACAAGUGAAUAACUUUUAUAUCCAAGUUGGACAUGAAAAUGGAAAGGAAGCAGUCACAGGUGGAUUUUUUGGGAACUUGUUCAGAACUCUGAUUGAGCUUACAAAUUCCACAUACACUCUCUCCGUUCUGCCCGGCUACUCCUACGGUCACCGCAGGCCCAACUCGACCGAGUGGAGCGGGCUGAUCGGCGUCCUGCAGAGGAGGGAGGCCGACAUCUCUGCCUGCGAAGUGACCAUCGGCCUGGACCGCAUCGACGCGCUGAGUUUCGCCCAGCCAGUGCGCAACGCUGGGUGCAGGUUUUACUUUCAGAAGCAGUUCCAAGAGAUGAUGUUCAAGCCGUACCUGCAGCCGUUUGACGGAAGAGUCUGGAUUGCACUGCUGGUAUAUGUGAUAGCGACGGGCAUCCUCAAGUGGUUCUUCCAAUACUUGCUGCGCGAACGCGCGGACCCAAUAACAGCAACGUUUGCCAUUGUUGCAGCGUUGUUAAACCAAGAAUGUUUUAAGAAAUCUGCACUGAACUCUCCACAAAUUUCUGAUUCAACUGAUCAGCAGCGUAUUGCCCGAUGUGCAAUUCGAGUGCUGUACUUUUGGAUCUGUGCCCUUUUCCUCAUCCUGAGGAUCGGAUACGGCGCCAGGCUAACUGCCACAUCCACUCUCAGGCAGUCUACUCUGCCUUACCAUGGAAUGGAGGACAUCCUCGCCAGUGACUGGAGCGUCAAUGUCAUCAGUAACAGCUUUGCGUUGGAAUCAAUGCAGAUGUCACCUUCAAACAGCACUGCACGGAAAUUAUGGCAAACAAAAAUUGACAACAAUCCUGACAGCAUGGUGCAAACUGUUGAAGAUGGUUUGAAGAAUGUUCUUGACCAGAAAAAUUUGGCAUUUUUGGGCUUUGAAGACUCUUGCCGUGAGGUGUUGCACAGCAGAUUUUCACCCGAUCAGUCGUGCAAGAUUUCGGAACUUGAUGGAGUUUUCUUUAAAGCACCGCUCUCAUUUGCACUACCACGUGACUCUGAGUUCUUGGUAACUAUUAACUACUGGAUACUGAAACUCUUUGAGAGCGGCAUCAUUGAUCGUCUUUCCCGGAAGUGGUUGCCAAAGCCGUCCGUGUGCGACGAUAACAAGGGUGAUGCUGACGAUGACGACCCAGUCUUCUCGCACUCGAGGACUGUCGGCGCUCUGGUGACUAUGACCCGCAGCGCCGACGAACCAUCUGCGGGCCAUCUUCGGCGGUAA